GUGCGCAAAAGGUAAACAAUUAUGCAAAACACUACCCCAACAAAGAUGACCAUCAUCCAUUCUUUUUAGAUCCUUGUAUCUUACAAUUAGAUCUCAAUUUAUGCUAGCUGAGUUCCUAAAACGCUUUAAUUAUCCAAAAUUUUGAUAAAAAAAAUUGACUGAAAAAAGAAUGGAAUUGCAAGAUAUGCCUCAUUUCUUAAAGUUCAGCGCAGGGAAUGAAUACAUGAUGAAACACAUAUGGUGUUUAGUAAAGCAUAGGCAUCAAACCUUGAAGACCGUUUUCAUAAUGACAACUAUCUUGUUAACUGCAUUUUGUCGCAUUCUGUUGUUUACUUUUGUAAUGAAACAGAACUCAAGUCUCUUUAUUAUAUCGGAUGCUGUUUUGAUGACGAUACUGUGCUUUAUUUAUCUCUGCCUCCUUUCAUUAAUCAAUAGGACCUUCUUUAUUAAUUACAAUAACUUGGCAAAUCAAUCAGAUUUCAGCUAAUAAAGCAUAUGUAGGAAUAGUAAAGUCCUUAAAUAGUCUAUUUCACGAUAUGCAGUUUUAUAGAAUUAGUUCCCUAGAAGAGUUUCCAUGACUUUAGU